AUGAAACGAACAACAGCAACAUCAGCCCUCAGGGCCAGCACCCUAUUCCUGUCCUUUGCCGGCUCGCGGGCCUCGAAUUCUACAUCAAAACGAGGCCUCGCCUAUCUCGGCGAUUCGCACGAGGGCGAUGUCGAUCUGCUACUCUCUCCCAACUCGGCGAUCUCAUGGUACUAUACCUGGUCAGCCUAUCCCGCGUCGAACGUGAACGCGACCCUCAAUUUCGUGCCUCUUAUACACGGUGUCGACGAUGCAUCCUCGUCGGACGUUCAAAGCGCCAUCAACUCCCUACCGGCAACUUCAACGCACCUGCUUACAUUCAAUGAACCCGACGGCACGACCUCUAGUGGCGGAAGCUCUAUCUCGCCCUCAGACGCAGCAAAGGCAUACAUUGACAACAUCGUGCCACUGCGCACCUCAUCCUCAAGAAGCUGGAACAUCUCCCACCCCAGCGUGACAGGUUCAGAGAACGGCCUGAACUGGCUGCGGGACUUCACCUCGGCCUGCCGGGAUAUCGACCCGGACAAUGGCUGCCCGACCGACUUUGUAGCUCUGCAUUGGUAUGGCAAUUUCGAGGGCUUGGCGUCCUGGAUUGGGACAAUAAGAGAAUUCUACACGAACUCGUCGUCCAACGGCGCGGCUGACGCCGACAAUCUGAAGUUCUGGAUCACCGAGAUGGCCCUCCCUCAGCAAGACGAGGACGACACAGUGGCGAUGAUGAACCAGAGUUUGAGUUACUUGGAUAGCCUAGACUACAUGCAGCAUUACGCCUGGUUCGGAGCCUUCCGUCAAGACAACGAUGUGAACGGCUUCGUUGGCGACAAUGUUGCCUUAUUCAACAAACAUGGUGCAUUGACAGAUGCUGGUGCCCUCUACCUAGGUGGUGAAGAGGCCGGGUUCAAGGAGGGUAUGAAGGGUAUUGCAAGCGGCCUUGGAGGGAGUGGUUUGCUGCGGGCAUCACUGCUGGCAGUGUUCGCGGCUGCGAUGACCACUAUGGCGAACUUUUGA